AUGGCUGAUAUCAACGGUACUGCUGUCGAAAGCCCAGAGAACAAAGCGAGAGCUUCUGAUGCUCUCUUCAUGAUGGAGUGUAUGAAACAUCUUCAAACUCCUGCUACUAUUGAUAUCGCCGCAGUGGCCAAGGCCCUUAAUUACAGUCACACCGGAUCUGUUGCCAAUCGCAUUCGCGGGAUCAAGAAGCGGUUCAAUCUGCAGCAGCAUUUGACUUGUUCUAAUGUUUCUGCGGGUGGAGAGGCUCUUACCCUACGCAAAGGUGCAAAGGUAUCUAGCAGACCGAUUAAAACAAAGAUGGAAUCUGCUGAGGAAGGUGGUGGAGAUGUCAAAGCUGAAAAGGUCAAGCCAGGAAGAAAACCAUGCGCAAAACAACCCCGUAAACCCAAGGCUCCUAUCACUGUGGAUGAUAUAACCACUGCCAUUGUCAAGGAUGAAGAAGUGAGCGCUCAGGUCACUGAAGAUAUCUCAUGA